AUGCAACUCUCCGCCUUCUUCCUCGCGACCCUCACCCUCCUCACCUCCACCGUCUCCGCCCAGAGCCGUCCCCACGGGAUCGAUAUCGGCAACGAGGCGUGCGUGGGUCAAUGCGUGCGCGACCCGCGGUUGUUGACUUGCCCGACAACCAAGUACCAAGCCGAUCAAGGCUGCUACGUAUGCUGUUGGCAGGACGAUGAUGCCGGGGCGUGGGCUGAUCACAUCCACGAUGAUGACCUUGUUCCGGAUAUUGACUAG